AUGACAAUACCUGAAGGAUAUACACAGUCUAAGAAUGAUUAUUCCGUGUUCUCCAAGAAGACUAGUACUUCCAUCACCAUCUUGGUCGUUUAUGUCGAUGAUAUUAUCAUCACUGGCGAUAACCUUUUUCUGAUCCAGUCCACAAAAGCUCAUCUUAAGAAAAUAUUUGGCAUUAAAGAUUUGGGAAAACUUAAUUAUUUUCUCGAAUUUGAGGUCACAUACAUUGAUGACGGACUUGUUCUAAGCCAACACAAGUUUACUACUGAUCUAUUACAUGAUUCUGGUUUGACUUCUUUUAAAAAUGUGGUUUCACCUUUACCCCUAAACCUCAAACUUCAGUCUAAUGACUCUCUUCUCUACGAUAAUCAACCUCUAAUGCUUAAGCCAAUUCAUGUAGAAUCCAAUCGAAAAUCAUUUCAAAGCCUUAACACACAUAUUGAAUUAUGUGGCUGCCACAUCUGGUCAAGGAAUACUCCUCUAAGGCAGUGA